AUGAUUAAUGAAAAUUGGUAUCAAACUGCUAUUAAAGAAUAUGGAAUUAAAGAAAUACUUUAUAAAGAACUGAGUGAGAAGAAAAAAGAAAAAGGAUCUGGCGCGUUUGGUAGAGUUUAUAAGACUAAAUGUGAUUCCAUAGGAACCGUAGCAAUUAAGAAAAUAACUAUAGAUGCUGAAGUUGAGGUUAUACGUUUUAUUAAAGAGCUAAAACUUCAUAGUCAAAUAAAACACGAAAGAAUAAUUCAAUUCCAUGGAAUAAGCCGAGAUGAGCAUAAAGGGCAUUAUCUCGUACUGGAAUAUGCAAAACAAGGAGAUUUACGUGAAUUCAUCGAAAAAUUUGGAAAAGGUGAAUUUAAGUGGGAAGAAAGAAAACGUCUCGCAAUUCAAAUCGCAGAAGGACUUCGUUAUCUUCAUAAUGAAAAGAACAUCAUACACCGUGAUCUGCAUACCAAAAAUAUACUUAUAAACGAAGGAAAUAUUAAGAUAUCAGAUUUUGGAUUAUCCAAGAAUUUAAAUGGCACAAUGUCAUCUACUAAUAAUGGUGUCUUUGGAAUGGUACCAUUUAUUGAUCCGCAAAAAUUAAAUCAAACAAAAUAUGUAUUGAAUAAAAAGUCUGAUAUUUAUAGUUUAGGAAUGGUAUUAUGGGAAAUUUCAAGUUGUCGUGAGCCUUUUCCUGGAGAAACUAUAAUCUUGGAUUUGUCUCUUAAGAUUUGUCAAGGUUUAAAAGAAAAAUCUGUCAAAGGAACUCCAAUGGAAUACAAGCAGAUUUAUACAAGUUGUUGGGAAAUAGAACCAAAUUCUAGACCUUUAAUCGAAGAAGUUCUUUCACAAUUGAAAUCCAUGUCACUUGAACCAGUUUUUGAAGGAGAUGAUGAAUAUACAUCAUGUUCCCCAUCACCAUCUCCUGGUACAUCAGGGUGUAUCUUACCUGAUGAUCUAAUCAUACAAACAAAUAGUAAUUGGAAAAUAUUAUCAUUUAUUGUUAUGGAUUUACCGGAUUUACUCAAGUUUCAAGCACUAAAUCUAAAUCCACUAAAUCUUAUUAUUUGA